AUGGCAAACAAUCGACCAAAGAUCGAACAAGAUGAGGAGAGAGCGAAAAUCAUGGCCUCCAGCUACAAGGUGCUGGACCAUCUCCUCAAGGUCAUCAUCGUGAUGGAGAGGGCAGGCUUCUCCAAGGCCCCUAAGUCGGGAAAGGUUGCACGGCCCCUGAGCCCAGCUAAGAAGCAGAAGCACAACCAGGCGCACGCGCUCCAUAUGUCCUAUCUGAACACGAAAAUGAAGAUUGCGAAGCUGAAGGACAUCCUCGACGAAAUGGAGGGCCAAGACGUGAAGAAGAAGAAACCGGCUACAGCAGGAGAGAAAAAAAAACCAAAGCCGAAGAUCUGA